AUGUAUGAUAGUAAGCAUAGAACAACAGAUACACAGAUUUAUGACUCCCGGAAAGAUGCCAGCGGUUACUCCUCGAAUAAGCGAGAUUGGAAUGCUCAAACACAUGGAAGUAUUGAGGAAAUGUCAAAUCAUCGAAAAUAUAUGCGAACUCAAUCUUCUGCAAACAACAAUCGAGUCACGUCAAAUUCUUCGUCGUCUCAACAGCAACGUGAAAAUGGCGAGAAAAAGACUGUUAAAGAUACAAAAAAACCGCUUCGUAGUUUCGGCGAUUGGUCUGAAUUUAAGAGUUCAGCAGGGAAAACCUAUUUUUAUAAUUCCAAAACUGAAGUAUCACAAUGGGAAAAACCAAAAGGAUGGCUAACCGAUGAGUUGAAUCGAACAAAUUGCUCAUCAACUCCAUCAAAUAAUCGAAUUAAAAAAGAAUCCACGACGAAUGUUUCAUCAACAGUUUGUAGUCGAUAUAAGACGGAAGAAUCAUCUACAGACAAACGACUUUCCCAAACUUCCAAUUUGAAAAUAGCAUCAGAAAAUUCCAAUCAUCAUCAUCUAAAUGGAAAUCGUUUGUAUCAACAAUCCCAUGAACAAAUACCCAUUGUUGCUAAUAACCGUCUCCCAACUUCAGAUGAUGACAGUUCUCGAAUGUCAUUUUCAUCAACUAGCAGUAAAGAAUCAGCUUCUACUAUGAAUCAAAGUAAUGGUACUACGUUAAAUUCAUCUUUAUCACAACCCGCCAUUUCAGUCUCAACUCCAGUACGUGAUAUUCAAGCGAAAUCUUUUGAAAGUAAUAUGAAACUUGUAAAUGGAAAUGAUAAUAAAAAUUCGAUAUCACAAUCAACUGCUCCUACGUCGGCAAAAAUAGAACCAACAAUAGUUACUGAAGCGGAAUCAACUACGCCGAUUUUCUCAAAAGCAGAACGUGAUCAAGACCUUCAGAAAUAUUAUCGUGCUGAAUUAAUUGAGCAUUUAACUGGUUGGCAAUCAGGCCUACUAGAAAAACAGUGUUUGAAAAUUUUUGAUGACUACUAUGGAUACAGUGCUAGAACAUCGACCGCAUUUACGGAAUUAAAAGCAUUAAAAUCUAACUUUCGUAUACUUGAAAUAAAGCGAAAUAUUCUAACUCAAAGACGUCUCCGUUGUCAGCAACAUGUAAAGCAAAGUGAAGAAAAUAGAAACUUCUAA